AUUGCUAACGUGGUUGUGGCGAAUCGUGGGAGUGUUUUGUACGUCGUUGGUGGUCUGAUUUAAGCAAGACACUAGGGUUAAAGUGAUUAGAAGAUCUGUAGUUGAGGUUCGAUGUGUAUUUCAGAGAAGUGCCGUAGGGAUGUUGGACAGAUUGAUGAUCAAGUUUUGUUAUUGAUUCUGUGUGGGUGACCUUGCAGGAGUUUUGGAAGUAGCAGGUGAUUACGAAGCGUGGUUUCUACGUACGUCUUGAAAGAUAUGGUCAGUCAGUUUGCAUGGAGCUUCUUGCUGAAAAUCAGCAGAGCCCGGACAGUAGUUUUUCUUGUCGACUGAGGCAGAUAGAGCGCGAGAGAGGUAGAUCUGGUGGAGUAGAAUAAUCUACUGCAUAUCUGCGAGGUGGGCUCUUAAAUUGGGUCAAGGACAAAGGUGAGAUUGUAGUUCAUCAAUUGAAAGGGUUUGCUCAUCAGACACGUCAAGAUGUUGAUCCAUGUGGCUGAGAAUGGCCAGUCCUUUGACCUGGAUUGUCAGCCCACGACGAACGUAGGAGUUAUACAGAACACUCUCGUGUCUAUUACUGGUAUACCUCUUCAUGAGCAAAUUCUCUUUUGUGGAGACACAAGUUUGAGGGCAGACCAUGCACUAGUUGCCUAUAAGCUACCAGAUGACAAUCGGCAUGUCUUUCUGUAUAAUCGUUCACGUCUAAUAGCUGAUUGCCCGCCUCCUCCGCCGGAAGAUCCUGAGGUGCCCCCGCGGGAAACUCCUCCUCCCCCAUCAAGUUUGAAUGAGGGGCAUCCGUUGGAUGAUGCUAGUGACCCUGCGCUAAAAGCUCUCCCGUCUUACGAGCGCCAAUUCAAAUAUCAUUUCCAGAAAGGUCACGCAAUUUUCUGUGCGAGCCAGAAGAAGUUUGACAUUUGCAGGCGACUUCUGCGAGAGCAGCAGGUUCAGGAAAUGGCUCUUGAGACUGCUCGGGGGAACAUUGCUUAUUAUUACAAGGUUAUAGAUAAUCAGUUUGGAGAAUUUUUGAGGCAGUAUGCGCGUCAGCACAAGCAGCACUCAGACCUCCUGGCUAAUUUCGAGCGCGAUUUAGAACGACUACGGGCGUGCAAACUGCAUCCCAGUCUUCGGACUGAAACUCGAAAAACGUUACUGAAUUGUGUGAGGGAAUCCAGCCUCAGGGAAAGGGCUGAACAUUGUAGCUUUUCCCACAAACAGUUUGGGUCUAAGGUAGCUGAACUCAAGGUUGUGUACCUUGAUCUUCAACGAAAUGUACAAUAUUUGUUUGGCUCUCCUUCGGCUGUGGAUGUUCACGAUCUUGAGAGGACCAUCGAGGAGCACAUACAAUUCACAGACGAGCAAGCCAGUAUCGUCCAAUCCCUCAGCAAGGAUGUGAAUACCGUGAAGAAGCUGGUGGACGAUUGUGUUUGUGGUCAAUAUUCCGGAAACCUACGCCCACAUGACGCAGUCUCUGCACUCGGCCCAAUGUAUGAUGUUCACGAUAAAAAUCACAUUCCUCGAUUGGAAGCAUGUGAUAUGGAACUUGAAAAUCUUUUAGAGUAUUGUAAAAAAAGUAAAAAUAAAAUGAACUUGUGCGUACAUACUCGGCUUCAGAAUGUAGCAGCUCUGCAGUCUAAUAUAAGGGACAUGCGCAAUCAGUUGGCGGUCUUCAAGGAAGCAUUGGUUCGUCAAAGCGAUCAUUUCGCAGAGUUGAAGUUACUUCGGCGGGUUGGUCCUUCUUACAAGGCUUGCCUUGCUGAGGUUGUACGACGCAAAGCAUCCAUGAAGCUUUACAUGGGCCAGGCUGGUCAAUUGGCUGAGAAGCUGGCCAGGAAGAGGGAAGCGGAGAUUGCUAGGCGUGAAGAGUUUCUUCGAGUACAGAGUAUGUACAUUCAUCGGGAGGUACUGCAAGCGAUGGGGUUGUUUGAGAUUCCUAGUCAGUGCAUUGUAAAUAUUGCCCCCUUUGACACUAAUCUGCUGGACAUUGAUGUUAACGACAUCGAGCGCUAUGCUCCUGAGUCCUUAGUUGGACGGCUGAUGAAAGGACCAGACCAAAAUCCUAGGGGAAGCUCUCGAUCUCUUUCAAACAGUGGCUUUCAAUCAUCAGGGGGUUCUCAAGGUACUAUGGACGCCCUAGAUGAACAAAACUUGGACGCUAAUGAAGACGACAGUGGAGGUGACGAGAUAGCUGGUACCAGCAAACUCGAAGUGGAAAAUGCGUGGUUGAAGUCUGAGCUGGCGUCAGCUGUAGCCAUGCUUUGUAACCUAGACCCAGGUUCUGGACUAGAAGAAGGGGCUGGUGACAGCCAAGACCCUGGGAAGAGUGCUGAGAUGGAGAGGGGUGGAAGGGCUCAAAAUGCUGCUCAGAAAACUGCAGAAGCUUUGCAUCUGAAAGACGAGCAUGCCAAACAUUUGAAAAGCAUGUUAGCCAUGCUGAAGGUGCAAUGUAACUCGUAUGAAAAGCGCAUAAGAGAGCUGGAACAGCGUCUGGCUGAGCAGCACAUACAACUGCAAAAGUACAGAUCUAUGGAAAGGCAUGAUCGUCGAAGCCAUGUUCCAGAGGAAUUCGACCAAUUACAAGAAAUAAUAGAACCCGAACAAGGCACUUCCGAGACCUCUGGAAUUACUGGUGAUGGGACAGGAAGAAUGCAGGGAGGAGUAGUAAUCCCCGAGCCAAUGGAUGAGGGAAUGACCAGCAAUAUUCAAGCCAGCUCUACCACUAGUAUUAACGCUAGAACAGAUGCAGAUGGGGGCCAAAGAAGGAGCACAAGGGAAGGAGGGGAUGAGGUCAUGAGUGACGUUUCAGGAGGAAUUUCCGUUAUGGAUGCUGGUGCGGUGGACUCAAGAAAAGAGAGUUCUGCAGGAGGUGUUAAUGGGAAUGAAGGUCUGCUCGAAGUGCCGAAUGAUGUCAAUGCUGAAAAAGAGCAAAGAGACGAUGAUGUGGAGUUGAAUGGAAAUUUAGUUGGUGCUGGCGCUGAUGAAAUUGCCUUGAAGGAGCCUGUUGUGGGAGGAAAUGCCUCGUUAAGGGAGACAGAACAAGAAGUUUCUGCUUUGCAAACUGACCUACUGGAAAAGAACGAACAAUUAAUGGCCACAGAUGAUAGACUCAAAGCUGCUAUGGAGGAGGUUGCUCGCUUAACUAGCGAGUUGGAUGGGAAUGCCGAACUUCUAAAUGAAUGCCAGAUGAAUUGUGCCCAUUUGGAGAACCGACUGCACGAAGCUAGAGAAGAGGCUCGGACCAACCUCUGUGCAGCUGACCGAAGAGCUGCUGAGUACAGUGCAUUGCGUGCUUCCAGUGUCCGUCUCAGAGGAUUGAUGGAACGUUUACGGAGUUGCAUUACUGCACCCGUCGGCAAUCCGAGCAGCUUUGCGGAGUCCCUCCGUAGCUUGGCUGUUUCUCUCUCCAGUGUGAACGUCAACGAUGGAAGUGAGGACAGCGAGUUCAGGAAUGCAAUAAGAGUCCUUGCAGAUAGAGUUGGGAAUCUGGCUCAGCAGCGUGCCGAGCUUUUGGAGCGUUGCAACAUUGCUGAGACCAAUCAAGCUCAUCUAAAGAGGGAUCUUGAGAAUCAGGCCGAGCUUCUGAAAAGUCUUUAUUCAAAACGCAAGUUUGAUAAGCAGGCAAGCAAGGAGAAGAUUUGCUUUGCGCGAUUUGAGAUUCAUGGACUUGCCGUCUUCUUGCGCAACGCCAAUGGCCAUUUUGAAGCCAUCAAUCACAACUGUCCUCAUUACUAUUUGUCUGGGGAAUCCAUCGCCCUUUUCCAAGAGCAGGGUCUACCCAGUGGGUCGCCUUACAUAGUGGGUCAGAUUGUACACAUUGAUCGGAAGAUAGUGAUUCCUGCACCUCCUCCUCCACCUCCCCCUAAUGGCACAUUGGAUGGAAACCUUCAGGGAAACGAACUUGGUGCAGGCACAAUGUUGGUACCAGCUCGGGCAAGGGCAUCUCACAAUCCUUACGGAUUGCCUGUAGGUACAGAAUAUUAUGUCGUGACUGUCGCUAUGGUUCCUGAUUUUUAGAUUUAGAGGUUAAUUUUGUUUGAUUGUGUUCAAGAUACCUCUUCCAGUGUUUGGCGGUUUAGGCUAUUGAAUGGUGGUAGUAGGUAUGGGUGUUCUAUGUAGGUUUCUGGGAUUCAUUGAGUGAAGGGUAGUUGCUACAUCUUUGUUCUCAACAUCAUCUCGCUCAAGUGUGAAUAAGAUGUGAGAUGGAGGGGAAAGUUGGAGCUUCAUUGAUGUAAGCGGUUUCAAGUCCUGAGGACAUUGUUUAGUGUCAAAAACUUGGCACUGCAUUUGUAAAUAUUACGAUAGUUACAUUUUUUCUCGACUGCUCUUUUA